CCAAGACACUUGGUGUGCUUGAGAGCGCACUCUAGAAGAUAUUCGAUUCUUGUUUACAAUCUGAACUCCUAAUAGCGUUGACCCCGCCCAUCCCUUCUGCACAAUUUCUACAUAUUGAUACAAUAUCUUGAGACCCUAUACGAUGACCUGAGCGGGUCGCCACGCCCAUAAGUCAGACCGUCCAACUGCUUGGACCCCUGAACACCACCACUUCCAUUGUCUAGAUAUGCCCUACCGCACGUCUCAUUAUUCACGAUGAUGGCACUAAGCCGGGGGCGUCUCUUGUCCCAUUGGUGCUCUUCCCCAAUCCAGAGAUAUCGAGUCACCCUGCAACCAGGUCGCUAUAGCCGUCAUCUAUCGAUAUGCCCGUCUCUUCGGUCUAAGCAGACGCCAGACUUUAGCUCUGGCUUUACCAGAAGCUAUGAUCCUGCAUUGGAAUCUGGCCGUGGCCCCAUGUUUAGAAAAGUAAAUUUCGGAGUGCCGCAGUUCUACCCUCGUGACUUGAAAAGGCGUGUGGAUGAAUACGUCGUGGGCCAGGACCGUGCUAAAAAGACAAUCUGUUCUGCCAUCUUCAACCACUACCAGAAUCUGAGGAGGAGGCGUCAGUACGAGCAGGAGGACAAGGAGAAACAUGAAAAACUCAUGCGCCAGCGGUUUGCCCGUGAUAGGGAGCUGUCUCAAAGGCGCUGGGAUGCUCUCCCUCUCGAAGACGAAGUUCCCGGACAAAGUUCCUCGGCCCGUCAAGCAUCUGAGCUCGCAUCCGAGGCAAGCCCUAAUGCUCCAAUCUUUAAGCCCGAGGAGCCGGCGGCUGUUGAGCACGUCAAGAUUGACAAGAGCAAUAUCCUCGUGAUUGGCCCGACUGGCGUUGGUAAGACGUAUAUUCUAGAAACUCUGAGCAAGAAGAUACAAGUACCGCUCACCAUCUGCGACUGUAACUCCCUAACCCAAGCAGGCUACAUCGGACAGGAUGUGGAAUCUUGCAUCGAAAGGCUGCUUAUAGAAGCCAAUUAUGAUGUCAAGGCAGCAGAGCACGGGGUAGUGGUUCUAGACGAGUUUGACAAGCUGGCGAGAAGAGAAACAACAACGGGUCGGGAUGUCAGCGGUGAGGGCGUCCAACAGGCCUUGCUCAAACUCGUCGAGGGGACCAAGGUCACUAUCAACGUCAAGGACAACCGCUCGUCUCGUGCUGCUACACCCAUUCCUACAAACUACAAUGCAUCUGGUGCUCCAACAUCAUCGAUGCCAGUUAGCAGCCCGCCAGGCAAAGUGGACCAGUACACCGUUGAUACCACCAACAUUCUCUUUGUCUUCUGCGGUGCCUUCGUGGGGCUAGAUAAGAUCAUUCUUCGGCGAGUCUCAAAGCCGGCAAUGGGGUUUGGAGGAGACGUUCAAAGUCAACACGCCGGGACGGGAAGCACCCACAGCCUGCCAACCGAAACAUACGCCCAUCUAGCACACUACAGCCCACAGUCGGCAUCAAGUUUCACCCCACUAGACUUGGUAGUGUCUGAAGACCUCCAGCGGUUCGGCUUUAUUCCUGAAAUAAUAGGCCGCCUACACAACAUCUGCGCUCUCAGCCCCUUGUCGAAAGAAGACCUCUAUCGAAUUCUCACUGAGCCACGCAAUAGCCUAGUGGCCCAGUAUACUGCGCUGUUUGAGACAUACCCAUCUCAGCUAUACUUUACAGAAAAGGCACUGAGCGCCAUUGCAGAACGUGCCCUCGCAGCCGAAACGGGUGCCCGAGGGCUGAAGAUGGAGAUGGAACGCGUUUUAGCUGAACCAAUGUUUGACGCUCCAACGCCAUACGUUCUUAUCACUGAAGCCUGCGUCAAGGGGCUUGAGAAAGCGGCAUAUUGGGGGAAAGACGGACGCCAUGAGCUUAGCCAGCGGCUAGAGGAAGAGCAGUUCAAUGCACACAACCCAUUGCACUCACUAGAGCAACUGGGGCAGGCAGAGGAAGGCAGGGGGUGAGGCUUGGGAAGCAUGUGGAAACAUAAUUUUUUCGGAAUAGUAAGUGCAUAAGGGCAGCUCGAAGACUUUUCGAAGCAAAC